ACGAAUCGACUCCUUAGCCGGCUCAGAGCUGACCCGUAUAUCUUCUUCUUUAAUGCAGAGAUUCUUACUGUAUUUAUGGUGAUUUUACAAUAAUUUUUUUUUUGAGUAAGAUUUUAGAUCUGUUUAGAAGCCUGAAAGACUGGCUCUUAUUGGUGAACUGAUUCAAAUGAAUCGAUUCACUGAAAAGAGUCGCAUCACAAGUUCAAAGUCUUCUUUCUACAGGUGUGUGCAUGUGGAGAUUUGCUUGUUAUGUGUUCUUCAUCUGCUUGGAGGACAGUCGGAGCUCUCAGUUCUCCUGUGUAAAGGAGUUUGCAGUCAGUUUGAGAACAGUUAACUAAUUGAUCUGACUCGAUAAAAAGAUUCGAACCCUUUCACUGCUUUUGUAAUGGCAACGCGCAUCCGACCGAGCAGUAAAAGAUGUGCUGUCAUUGGUGGCUCUGGCUUUUUGGGGAGGCAUCUUGUUGAGCGUCUGGUGGAGAAAGGCUACUCAGUGGCUGUGUUUGAUAUUGCUCAGAGAUAUGACAUUCCCGGAGUCACAUUUCACCAAGGAGACUUGUGUGACAAACAGGCUUUGCUGAAAAUCCUGAAGGAUGUGUCACUGGUGUUUCACUGCGCUUCUCCUUCACCAGCCUGUGAUGACCGAGCUCUCUUCUGGAAAGUUAACGUUGAAGGCACACGCACUGUUCUUCAGGCUUGCCAAGAGGCCGGGGUGCAAAAACUUGUCCUAACCAGCAGUGCCAGUGUGGUGUUUGAAGGAACUGACAUCAAGAAUGGAAAAGAAGAUUUGCCUUAUGCAAAAAAGCCCAUUGAUUACUACACAGAGACCAAAAUUCACCAGGAGAAGAUUGUCUUGCAAGCAUGCAGUAAAGAAAAAGAUUUCCUCACCGUGGCAAUUCGUCCUCAUGGGAUCUUUGGUCCACGAGACCCUCAGCUUGUGCCCAUUCUUGUAGACACAGCACGCAAAGGCAAGAUGAAGUUCAUCAUUGGGGAUGGUACUAACCUUGUGGACUUCACCUAUGUGGAAAAUGUAGUGCAUGGACACAUCCUAGCUGCUGAGCAUCUGAAAGCAGACUCCCCACUUUGCGGAAAGGCGUAUCAUAUAACCAACGACGAGCCGAUCCGUUUUUGGGAUUUCAUGUCCCAGGUGCUGGUCGGUUUAGGCUACGAUGCACCUCGCUACCACCUACCCUACGCUCUGGUUUAUGGAAUAGCUAUUCUGCUGUGGUUGAUUACUGUUCUACUGCGCCCCCUGGUGAACAUCAAGCCCACCUUCACCCCCAUGCGUGUGGCACUGGCUGGCACCCAUCACUACUACAGCUGUUCGCGUGCCAAGCAGGACAUGGGCUACAAGCCAGUGGUGAGGCUGCAGGAGGCCAUAGCAAGAACUGUGGCCAGCUACCCACAUCUGAAAAGAGGAAGCUAAUGUUUUAUUGAAGCUGUACCAUGUGGACUCGCAGCAUCUUGGUCUCUGUGAAUGGAAAAAAGAACUAAAGACAAGCAGUGGUUUUGUUCCAGUCUAAAUGUGAAAAGAGUCUCUUCUAGCUUCAGCUCAUCUCAGAAAAUGACGCACAAGGUAUAUAGCAGUGUAGGCACUGUUUGAAAGAAAAAACACACUGAAACAGCACAUCCCAAAGCUAACCAUUUUGACAUGUCGUACUUUUUAUCUGUUCAUAGUUACAAUUAUUGUGGAACAAGUUAGUUCCUGGUAUCACUUGCAUUAUAACAGCUACAAACAGUUCUUACAUUUCUAUGAGUGUUAAUAAAGCCGAAUACAAACCAGUGAUUGAAUUACAGCUGACACUCUAUUGUCUGAACUGCUGUUACGGAAAAUAUAUCCUUGCCUCCUGACCAGUCAGAAUCCUAUACAAAUAUUUACCAAGUAACUGAACUGAACUCUGUCACUGCACCAGCUUCAGUGUGUAACGUGUGUAAACUCUAUAUGACACUGGAUGCUAGAUUCAUUUACUAAUUAAUACCCAUCUUACAAUGCAAAUCUGUCAAUCUUACAUCCUAUCUUAUAAGUUGUCUCGCAGAUGUUCCACAACAUUGAAUGUACUGAGUGCUGUAUCCCAGUAAAACCUAAGAUGUGUUCUUCUUCAUUAAAUAAGUUUGUUAAUGUUGGUAAAUGGUUGACAUUAAAAGAAUAAAACACAUUGGUCCAUGCUGUUAUUGAUCAUUUUCCUGUUAUAGCAGGCUUUGCCAUGUUUUGUUACUUUUUAUUAUUUUUGUCCUUUCCAGUGGUUUUGGGUGUCCACAGGCAGUAUUUUAUUAUUUAUAUUUAUAUAAAUAUUUAUAUGAUGAUGAUUGUGUAUGUGUAUGUGUAUGUUGGGGUUGAUG